GCCUCUCAAAAAUCAAAACUUGUUCUUACUACGGAGCCGCCAUUGAAGGACCUCCAUCCAAACCUCCUCUGCUUCAAAGGCUCAACAAAAAGAAAAUGUCUGCAAAGUGGCGAGCUCUCCAGCAUCGCCACCGUUACACAUACAGUGCCAUCGUCUUCCCAACCUCCUUCACCUCCUCUCUAACCCAAUCCAGUUUAUCCCACUCCUGUCCCAAGCUCUACUCCGACAUCGAAGAGUUGGCUUCGUUAAACUCAACCUACGCGCAAGUUAACCACGCCAAGAGAGUCGUUACCUCGUUCGGUGAAGUUAUCUCGAAGACCCAUGAGGAAGAAAGUGAGAAAGAACCAGUCUUUAUACGUGAAGCUGUUAAAUUUUACUUGGAGAUUCUGUUCAUGGAGAAUUCACAGCCUCUUCAUAGGACUCUUGUUUCAGCUUUGGCUAAAACCCGUAAGUUCCAUUCGGUGAUUAGUUCGUGUUUUAGAGAGCUUUGUGAUGAGUAUGGUGGUUUGGAAGACGGUGGGAAGAGAUUCUGUGUGUCUAGAGUUGCUUUGUCUGUUAUGGGAAUGCCUAAGUUGGGUUACUUGGUUGAUAUAAUUGAAGAUUGCGCGGUUUUGGUGGGUUGUGAUGUUGUUUCGGGGUUGAAUGGUAUUGUUUUAGAGACUGAAGCUUGUGCUAGACCUCCUCCUACUGUUAUGGAGCAGUGCCAAGAGGCUUUGUCUUGUUCUUAUUACUUGUUUCAGAGGUUUCCUUUGAAGUUUAAGGGUGCGAGUAUUAUGGAAAAGGUUUUUGCUGUUCAGAUAAGGAUAUUGAAGUCGGCGGCUUUCUCUAGGGACUGUUGUGUGGCUGCUGGUGUGAGUUUCUGUGCUGCUUUACAGGUUUGUCUUGAAGAGGAAGAGGUUGGGUUGUUUAUAGCUCAAGGUAUAUUUUGCUGGAGUGGUGGUGUCGUUGAGUUAACUGAUAUUGUUGGUAAGAUUCCAUUUGGUGGGGAUAUUUGUUCUGAGAUCAGAAGCUUUUCAUCUUUGAGUAGACUCUGCUUGAUCAGAGGGAUUCUUACAGCAGUUUCUAGAGGUGUUCUGGUUUCCUCUAACGGUGAUUGUGAUCACAAAACUAUUCUGUACGAUGGAAUUUUGCCUGAGCUUUGUGAUUUAUGCGAGAACCCUAUUGACAGCCAUUUAAACUUCCACGCAUUAACUGUUAUGCAGAUCUGCUUGCAGCAGAUCAAGAUGUCUACGUUAAAUGAUUUGGCAGAAGAUUAUGAUCCAAUGCCAGACAGCAAGGUAUCCCGGGUGCUUAAAAUUAUAUGGAACAACUUGGAGGACCCUUUGAGCCAGACAGUCAAACAGGUUCAUCUCAUGUUUGACCUCUUACUAGACAUUCAAACCACCAUUCACCAGACGUAUGAUAAAGUGGAAGUAAAGGAAUCUUUGCUGAAGAUUGUCAGUUAUCUUCUUCGUCUGGGACCACGGUGUAAGGGAAGGUACGUUCCAUUAGCAUCCUUGACGAGGCGGUUAGGUACAAAGACUUUGUUGGAUAUGAGCCCUAACCUAUUGUUUGAGAUGGCAAAUGCAUAUGUUGAUGAUGAUGUCUGCUGUGCUGUCACAUCGUUUAUAAAGUGUUUCCUUGAAAUGUUGCGUGAUGAAUGCUGGGGGAGUGAAGGUGUGGAACAGGGCUAUGCGAUUUAUCGACAGCAUUGUUUGCCUCCUUUUCUUUACGGGCUUGCUUCUGGAAUGUCGAAGCUCAGGUCAAAUCUUAAUACUUAUGCAGUACAAGUUUUACUGGAACUGGAUGUAGAUUGUAUAUUUCCUUUGCUUGGUUUGAUAUCAAUUGAACCGAGUGAGGAAGAGACCAAGCUGAUCUACACGGAGUUGAGUAGCAUUAGUAUGGAACUGACAGUUGAGCAGAAAGUGGCUGUUUUAGUGUCACUGCUCAAAGUUUGUCGUACACUUGCAUUCCUUGAAGGAGAUAUUGAACAAAAAGGAAGUACUGAUGAUGCAUUUGCAUUUGUGAAAAUUAAGGGUAUUGAGUUAAAAGUUCCCGUUGAGUGGCUAAAAAUGGCGUUGACCCACGUUGAUGAGUCUGUUCGUGUUGAUGCUGCAGAGACACUCUUCUUAAACCCCAAGACCGCUAGUCUUCCAUCUCCCUUUGAGCUCUAUCUCAUCAAGGAGGCUGUUCCCUUGAACAUGAGGUCAUCUUCUACAGGUUUUCAAAUGAAAUGGACCAGUUUGUUUAGGAAGUUUUUUUCUCGAGUUCGUACGUCGCUGGAGAAGCAGUAUAAGCUAGGAAGCUGGCAACCACGUCUAGCCAACGGAAACAGUGAAACAUGUUCGAAUAAAAAAGUUGACGAGGAUGCAGUCCUACGAGCAGAGAGUCUGUUCAAGUUUAUGAGGUGGCUGAGUUCGUUUUUGUCUUUGUCUUGCUACCCUUCUGCUCCUUACAGGAGAAAAAUAAUGGCGACGGAGCUUAUACUAAUCAUGAUUGAGUUCUGGCCUAUCGUGCCUUCUAAGGACCUCACUUCGCAUCUUUACCCAUACUGUGAUAUUGUCACUUCGCAUGAUUCAACUUUAUUACUGGUGGGAUCGAUUGUUGAUAGUUGGGACAGGCUUAGAGAAAAUGCUUUCCGUAUAUUGCUUCAUUUUCCAACUCCAUUUACCGGCGUUUCAAGUGAAGACAUGGUUCAGACCAUUAUCCCAUGGGCCAAACAUCUAGUCUGCAGUCCACGUGUACGAGAGAGUGAUGCAGGCUCUUUGACUCUAAGGCUUAUCUUUAGAAAGUACGUUUUGGACCUUGGAUGGAUAGUCAAGGUUUCCACCGAUGUUGUUUGUUGUCAAAGAGAGUGUGAAACCACGAAUGGGUUUUAUCAGAACUCCAAGCCCGCAAAGUAUCCUGUGAUUGAGUAUAUCAAAUCACUGAUUCAUUGGCUUGAUACUUGUGUGAAGGAGGGUGAGCAUGAUCUCUCCGAAGCAUGCAAAAACAGUUUUGUUCAUGGGGUAUUACUGGCUUUGCGCUAUACUUUUGAGGAAUUGGAUUGGAACUCAAACGCAGUGUUAUCUAGUAUGUCAGAGAUGAGAGAGGAACUGGAAAAGCUUCUUAAACUGGUGACGCGAAUAACUACAUUAGCACUUUGGGUGGUUUCUGCAGAUGCUUUGUGUUUGGAUGAGGAUAUGGAUGACAUAGUAGAUGACGAUAGUUUCUUGCCAGAUGUUCAAGAUGAUGCUGCUACUGCUCUCUCAAAGGAACAAAAGGAUACACAUCCAAAACCUGUGCAAGAAACAAUACAAUCAGAACAGGUUGUUAUGGUUGGUUGUUGGCUCGCCAUGAAGGAGGUGAGUCUUCUUUUAGGGACUAUCAUAAGAAAAAUUCCAUUACCUACCAGCAGCCUUGCACCUUUAGAGAAUGGUGAUCUGGCUUCUGUAGUCCCUGAUGAUUCAGUGGUAGGAAACUCUGAAUCACUGCUUGACCUGAAGCAACUUGAAAAGAUUGGAGAUCACUUCUUGGAAGUACUUUUAAAAAUGAAGCACAAUGGUGCCAUAGAUAAGACAAGAGCUGGGUUUUCAGCUUUGUGCCACCGUUUACUAUGUUCUAACGACCCAAGACUUUGUAGGUUGACAGAAUCCUGGAUGGAGCAACUUAUGGAAAGAACUGUGGCCAAAGGACAAACAGUGGACGAUUUGUUAAGAAGAAGUGCAGGAAUCCCCGCUGCAUUCAUUGCUAUGUUUCUCUCAGAGCCAGAGGGUUCUCCGAAAAAGCUUCUCCCACAGGCGCUUAGGUGGCUGAUAAGUCUUGCAGAGAAGCCUCUCAUGGAUCCUGUAGAACAGAAAGAUUCUGAACAUAUGGAUGAGGAGGUCAAUCCCUCUAAUCUGCAUUCAAGUGAAAAACUUUCAAAGGUCCGUGAUGAAGGUGUUGUUCCAACGGUGCAUGCGUUCAAUGUUCUCAAAGCUGCUUUCAACGACACAAACUUGGGCACUGAUACUUCUGGGUUUUCUGCGGAGGCUAUGACUGUUGCAGUAAGAUCCUUCUCUUCACCAUAUUGGGAGGUCAGAAACAGUGCCACACUUGCAUAUACUGCCUUGCUCCGCCGGAUGGUUGGUUUCCUUAAUGUUCAAAAACGUGGAUCUGCUCGGCGUGGCCUGACUGGGGUUGAAUUUUUUCACAGGUACCCCUUGUUGCACCCUUUCAUAUAUGGUGAACUAAAGGCAGCGACUGAUAUGCUCGACACAUCUGGUCCAUCAGAUUCAAACCUCGCAAACCAUGUCCAUCCGAGUUUAUGGCCCAUCCUCAUUCUUUUAUCCAGGCUUAAGCCUUCACCCAUUGCAAGUGAAUCUGGAGAUGACUUGGACCCUUUCGUUUUCAUGCCCUUUAUUAUGAAAUGCUCUACUCAAAGUAAUCUCCGUGUUCGUGUUUUGGCAUCCCGUGCUUUAGUUGGUCUCGUUUCCAAUGAGAAACUCCAAAGCGUUCUUCUCAGCAUUGCCUCAACAUUGCCUUGCAAUGAAGUCCAAAGUGGGUCUUUCAAUUAUCUUCACGGAAUAUUGUUGCAACUUGGUAAUCUCCUAGAUACAAACUGUAGAGACCUUGCUGAUAACUCUAAGAAGGAUCAGAUUAUUGAACAACUGGUCAAUGUCCUUGCAAAAUGCACAUGGAUGGCUUCUCCGUUGCUGUGCCCUUGCCCUAUCAUCAGUACAUCAUUUUUGAGAGUUCUUGAUCAUAUGCGGGCUAUUGGAUGUUCAUGCUCUGAAAGCAAAAAUCUCAAGGAUGUUUACAAGUUGCAUUUGGAUUUAUCUACAAGCUGCUUGGAUGCAGAGGCUUCUUAUGGUUUCUCCUAUUAUGACCCUACGAUUGCUGAGCUUAGGGAACAAGCAGCUGUAUCUUACUUUGGUUGCGUGUUUCAGCCAUCUGAUGAAGCAGCUGAAGCUUUCCAGAUUACUCAAAAACCAAAUUCGCCAUUGCAAAAAGUUCCUGAGGCAUUAGACUUUCCUGAUGUUAAAGAUAGGCUCCUUCGUUGUAUCUCUGAUCAAUCUUAUGAAGUUCGUCUUGCAACACUGAAGUGGUUUCUGCAAUUUCUGAAAUCAGAAGACUCCAGUCACUCAGAGACGAGCAGUAUCUGGCAUUGGGCGAGUAACGGUCUCCAGGUGAUGUUAUUGGAUCUCUUGGAGAAGGAGAAGAAUCAUAGAUGUGAGAAUUACAUUCUGAGGAUUCUUUGUCAGUGGAAUCUUCUUAUGUUCAAAAAAGAAUCUGUUGAAGGCAUUUAUGUUGGUUCAUUGAGUUAUGAUUCGGUGAUUCAUCUUUGGGGUAAGCUGACUUCUUUAUAUGAGGGCACAAGACGUGCUAAAACUAGAGGUACACUCAUGUCUUGCCUAGCGAUUUGUGUGAAGCAUCUCACUGGUUUGUUCUUUGACAAAAACGAAGAGGAGCCAAGAUUGAGUUGUGUAAUUUAUUGUGUCUCCUACUUUGUUAACAUGAUCAAAGAGAAAAGCUCAUCAUCUGAGCAAGUGAAUGUUCGUCAAGCAUCUGCAGAGGCUAUUAUAGCAUCCGGUAUAUUAGAACAAGCGAAGCUCAUUGGUCCUCUUGUCUCAAACCACCAAACUCCCUCUGUAAGUAAAUUUCAAACCGCUUGUGAUGUAUACGCGUAUCAAAUCCUGGAGUUGUGGUUCACUUGCAUCAAACUGUUGGAGGAUGAAGAUGAUCUCAUCAGGUCAAAACUCGCCACGGAUGUUCAGAAGUGUUUCUCCGCUGCCAUGGAAGUUCCUACACAAGUUGAGAAAGUCUUGGAACUGAGCUUUGAACAUUUAUCUUCCGUCUUUGGUCACUGGAACGAGUAUUUCCUUUAUCUCACGAGAUGGGUCUUCAACACUGCAGAUUACACUUCGCCACUGAAGGGAGGUAGUGAUCUAGUGAGACGUGUUUUCGACAAGGAAAUCGAUAAUCACCAUGAAGAAAAGCUACUCAUCUUGCAGUUUUGCUGUGACCAUCUACAGAAGCUAGCAAACAGAGACCUCCCUCAUGCGCAACUACUGGAAUGGAGGUGUAAGUUCCAAAGUAAGCUGCUUUCUUUUGCUAAGGACCAUGUAGGGAAACAAAGAGAGAGCUGGGUAGGUGGUGUAGGGAACCACAAGGACGUGUUUUUACCACUUUAUGGUAAUCUCCUGGGUCUCUACGUCUUCUCCAACUGCAUUUUCAGAUUCUCAGCACAUAGCAAUGACAAGAAAGUAAUGUUUGCUGAUAUUGUUGAGCUCGGGGAAGCUUUAAAACCGUUUCUGAGGAACCCUCUGGUGUCUAACAUGUUCAGAGUAGUUGUCGGAUUACAUGAAAAGUCGAUGGAUGAUUCUUUGGUGGAUCUGUCUAGUGUUCUUGCUGGAGAGGUUUGGGAAGGUUUUAAUCCAUAUUUUCUUCUCAGGUAGAUGGUAAUGAAUGUUUUAGUAUUUCUCUCACGCUCUCUGCCUUGUUGUAACAAUAGUUUUGUAGUGGUAUAUCAACACUUUUUGGAAUCUUUGAACAUUUUCUGAACUUUUUACUAUUUACUAGGUUAUGCCACAAUGAAUCUAAAACCUAAGAGUACAUACGAAUUCAACAUUGUGAUUUUUACAAAGUGUUAGGGAAUAGUGUAUAAAAC